CCGGCCCCGGCACCAGCCCGGCCCCGGUACCGGCCCCGGUACCGGCAGCGGGCCGCCCCCAUGGCGCUGCUCCGCGUCCUCUGCCUCCUCGCCGCUCUCAGACGGGCCGUGGGCACGGACACGGAGGAGCGGCUGGUGGAAUAUCUGCUGGACCCCACCCGCUACAACAAACUGAUCCGCCCGGCCACCAAUGGCUCCCAGCUGGUGACCGUCCAGCUCAUGGUGUCUCUGGCACAGCUCAUCAGUGUGCACGAGAGGGAGCAGAUCAUGACCACCAAUGUCUGGCUGACCCAGGAGUGGGAGGAUUAUCGUCUCACCUGGAAGCCAGAGGACUUUGACAACAUGAAGAAGGUCCGACUGCCCUCCAAGCACAUCUGGCUGCCCGACGUGGUGCUCUACAACAACGCCGACGGGAUGUACGAGGUCUCCUUCUACUCCAACGCCGUCAUCUCCUACGACGGGAGCAUCUUCUGGCUGCCUCCUGCCAUCUACAAGAGCGCCUGCAAGAUCGAGGUGAAGCACUUCCCCUUCGACCAGCAGAACUGCACCAUGAAAUUCCGUUCCUGGACCUACGACCGCACCGAGAUCGAUUUGGUGCUGAAGAGCGAGGUGGCCAGCCUGGACGACUUCACACCCAGCGGCGAGUGGGACAUCGUGGCGCUGCCGGGCCGGCGCAACGAGAACCCCGACGACUCCACCUACGUGGACAUCACCUACGACUUCAUCAUCCGCCGCAAACCUCUCUUCUACACCAUCAACCUCAUCAUCCCCUGCAUCCUCAUCACCUCCUUGGCCAUCCUCGUCUUCUACCUCCCCUCCGACUGCGGCGAGAAGAUGACCCUCUGCAUCUCCGUCCUCCUGGCUCUCACCGUCUUCCUGCUCCUCAUCUCCAAGAUCGUGCCGCCCACCUCGCUGGACGUGCCGCUGGUGGGCAAGUACCUCAUGUUCACCAUGGUGCUGGUGACCUUCUCCAUCGUCACCAGCGUCUGCGUCCUCAACGUCCACCACCGCUCGCCCACCACUCACACCAUGCCCCCCUGGGUCCGCACCCUCUUCCUCCACAAGCUCCCGGCGCUGCUCUUCAUGAAGCAGCCGCGACAGAACUGUGCCCGACAGCGCCUGCGACAGCGCCGGCACCACCAGGACCGCGCCACCGCCGCCGCCACCGCCGCCCUCUUCCUCCAAGGGGGUCCCCGGCUCUGCGCCUGCUACGCCGCCCACCCCGGGGCCGCCAAAGUCGAGGGGCUCAACGGGUACCAGGAGAGGCCGGGGGGGCAAGGGGCGACCCCCACGACCCCCUGCGCCUGCGGGGUGGGGGAGGCGGUGGAUGGGGUGCGGUUCAUCGCCGACCACAUGCGCAGCGAGGACGACGACCAAAGCGUGAGUGAGGACUGGAAAUACGUGGCCAUGGUGAUCGACCGCCUCUUCUUGUGGAUCUUCGUCUUCGUCUGUGUCUUUGGCACCGUCGGCAUGUUCCUCCAGCCCCUCUUCCAGAAUUACACCACCAACUCCCUGCUGCAGCUCGGCCAGGGCACCCCCACCUCCAAAUAGCACCCACCCACCCACCCCGGGGACAGGGAGGGACCCCUCCGACCCCCCCUUUGUGGGAUUUGGGUGUUUGGGUUCCGGGGCGGGCACUGCAAACCCAAUAAAUA